UUAAAAGCCAAAAUGUGGGAUGGAGAAUAGCCUCCGGAAAAAUCGUAGGAAACACAAAAAUAUUGUGUUGUUAAUGAAAAAAAUGUAGGGAAAAAGGAGAAAGGGAGAGUUGGUCCUAUAAUCUCUCGAGUAACCGUUGCAUGCAUAUGCAUAUCUCUCAAGAGACCCUUUACCCCCAAAGACUACCUUGUAAGUUUCCCCGUUAGAAAAGAAAUUCAUACAAUGGGCAGCUGCUGCUCCCGGAGCUCCGAAGAAGAUGCUCCGGCAGAGCCAAAUGCAGAGGGAGCAGCCACCGCCACCGCCUCCACCACCACCACCCCGCCACGUUCGCAAGGUGCAUCCAAGAACGCCCCCGUGGGGCCCGUCCUGGGGCGUCCCAUGGAGGACGUCCGCAACGCGUACACCAUGGGGAAGGAGCUGGGCCGCGGCCAGUUUGGCGUGACCCACCUCUGCACGGACAAGCACACGGGCGAGCAGUUUGCGUGCAAGACCAUCGCCAAGCGCAAGCUGGCCAACAACGAGGACGUGGAGGAUGUCCGGAGAGAGGUGCAGAUCAUGCACCAUCUCACCGGCCAGCCCAACAUCGUCCAGCUCAAGGGUGCGUACGAGGACAAGCACUCUGUGAACCUCGUCAUGGAGCUUUGCGCUGGCGGCGAGCUCUUCGACCGCAUCAUCUCCAAGGGGCAUUACACCGAACGCGCCGCUGCCUCCCUCCUCCGCACCAUCGUCCAGAUUGUCCACACCUGCCAUUCCAUGGGGGUCAUCCACAGGGAUCUCAAACCCGAAAACUUCCUAUUACAGAGCAAGGAUGAGGACGCCCCCCUCAAGGCCACCGACUUCGGCCUCUCCGUCUUCUACAAAGAAGGCCAGGUCUUCAAGGACAUCGUUGGCAGCGCCUAUUACAUCGCCCCUGAAGUCCUCAAGCGCAGAUACGGCCCUGAGGCCGAUAUUUGGAGCGUUGGCGUAAUGCUCUACAUUCUUCUAUCCGGAGUUCCCCCUUUCUGGGCAGAGUCGGAGAAUGGAAUCUUCAAUGCCAUUCUACGAAGUCACGUUGAUUUCAGCUGCGAUCCGUGGCCUAACAUUUCCAAUGGAGCAAAGGACCUAAUCAAGAAGAUGUUGAACCCAGAUCCCAAGCAACGCCUUUCAGCAUUCCAAGUGCUAAAUCAUCCGUGGAUCAAAGAGGAUGGAGAGGCUCCUGAUACUCCACUAGACAAUGCGGUUCUCGACAGACUCAAGCAGUUCAAAGCCAUGAACCAGUUCAAAAAAGUGGCGCUACGGGUCAUCGCAGGCUGCCUGUCGGAGGAAGAAAUCAUGGGACUGAAACAGAUGUUCAAGGGAAUGGAUACAGACAACAGCGGAACCAUAACACUUGAAGAGUUAAAGAAAGGAUUGUCCAAGCAAGGCACAAAGCUGUCUGAAUAUGAAGUCCAGCAAUUGAUGGAAGCUGCUGAUGCUGAUGGCAACGGCACCAUAGACUACGAAGAAUUCAUCACAGCAACGAUGCACAUGAACAGAAUGGACAGGGAAGAGCAUCUCUACACAGCAUUCCAAUACUUUGACAAAGACAACAGCGGGUUCAUCACCACAGAAGAGCUGGAGCAGGCUCUCCGUGAAUUCGGCAUGGAUAAUGGGAAGGACAUAAAAGAUCUCAUACAAGAAAUCGAUGCUGAUAACGACGGGCGGAUCAACUAUGAUGAGUUUACGGCCAUGAUGAGGAAAGGCAAUCCAGAGGCAGCAGCGAAUCCCAAGAAACGGAGAAACAGCAUCUUCAGUUGAUAGAGCUAUGGAACAUGUUGAGCUUAAAAGAGAUGAAAAAUAAUUUUCAACUAUAUAUAUAAAGCCUCAAGCACUUUACACA